CAACUGCAACUGGGCAUCCAGGUGAUUCCGUCAUCCUCGACCUCGACAAACGACCAACACCGCGUACAGAACAAGCUUCUCGAACGCGUGCCCUAGCCUGACUCACCCCACACCGCCGUCCAAUUUCUCCAGCCAAGGCGCACGCCCACAGCAUAACGCAACCCCCCAAAUCGCGUGGCUGAGUCCAGAUUGCAGUAGCUUCCGGCAAUCCCGCCGUCCCCAAGCCCCACGCCCACGCCGCCAGUGCCGCGCGCGGGGGGCGCGAUGCCGAAGAAGAUGGGCGUCAACUCCAAGGCGGAGGCGGCCCGCGAGCGGCGAUCCGCCGCGGAGGCCGACCGCCGCGACCGCCAGGAGCGCGCCAAGGAGGAGCAGCACUGGGCGGAGGCCGAGGGCCCCAAGUCCCGCGCCGCGCGCCGCCGGGAGGAGGACGCCGAGAAGCGCGCCGAGGCCGCGGCGCGCAAGGCCGAGAACCGCCGCCUCGCCGAGGCCGAGGCCGCCGCCGCCGCCGCGUCCGCGUCGGCGCCGUCCAAGGCCGCCGCGCGCAAGGCGUCCCGCGUCGCCGCCCCGCCGCCCAAGGUCACCGAGGCCGAGCUCGCGCGCCGCCGCGAGGAGGAGAGGCUCCGCCUCGAGCGCGAGGCCGAGGUCGCCAAGAAGCGCGCCGCGCGGGUCGCCGAGGAGGAGGAGUACGAGCGCGUCGUCCUCGUCGCCAACACCAACAGGGACGACUCCAUCAUCGAGGCCAGGUCGGUCGAGGAGGCCAUCGCGCGGAUGUCCGUCGUCGAUCCGCAGGCGGCCCUGCCCGCUGACAAGCAUCCUGAGCGUCGCCUCAAGUCGUCCUUCAAGGCAUUUGAAGAGGCAGAACUCCCCAAGCUGAAGGAAGAAAAGCCAGGCUUAACACUGAAUCAAUACAAAGACAUGAUAUGGAAACUAUGGAAGAAGUCUCCAGACAAUCCUCUUAACCAGGCUGCUGAGUGAUGUUGCAUUCCUACUGAGUACUGAACCACCUGAGUAAUUUGAGGCAAGUCUGCAAUAUUUUGCAACUUAUUUGGGCUUAUUCUACUGCUGUAAUGUUUCAUGAACAAUAGCAUAUUCCAGACCAAUCCCCAAGCAGGAUUGGAUGUGCAGCAGAGCUUGAACCAGGCAGAUGCUCAGUUUCUCUGCUAAUAAUCGUAAAGCUGUGAUGUAUUAUUGUAUAUUGAUUAGAGAUUUUACUCAGUUUCCUUUUUGUGCUUUGACAUGGUUGGGGGCAUGUUGGUACCCAAACAUUGUUUGGUUGCAAUUGUACUUUUGAAUUUUGAACGAAUUGGUGCCAUGGGCUGGACCAUGAUAUGUCAAUUGAGUUACAAAGGCAACUUUUUUGUCUUAA